CACAAACAUGGAUUUAUUACUUUUAUGGAAUAUGUUUAAUGAUGACGAGGAAAAUGAAUCUGAAUGGCAAAUACGUAGAGUAAGAAAAGAACAUAUUAAAAUUAAUAACUUUUAUGAAAACGUCGUUCUUUAUUAUUCAUUGACAGAUUUUAAAACAGAUUUUCGCAUCAGAAGAGAAACUUUUGAAGUAUUGAUACAACAUAUUGGACCAUACUUAUUGCAACUAGACAAUUGGCCUAAGAUACUACCGGAGAAACAGAUAGCUGUAGCCUUGUGGAUAUUUGGCAAUCAAGAAGUUUACAGAAAUGGUUUUAAACGAGUGCACCGAUGUGAACGCGAAACAAACGAUUUGAAAUGGGUGGUCGAACAAAUUAUAGAAGAAAUUGCAAUGCGUAGUAAUUGCAUAGUUUUCAUUACCGAUUCCACUUAUCGUGGAUUAAUCAAUACACCUACUGCUAAAGUGAUAUUCCUUAUGCCGAGAUACGAUAUAGCCGUACACGACAAUGAGGAUUUCUUGCGACCAAGAAAGUCAAUCGAAAAUAUGCUUAAGCAUAUAAAAGCAGCAAGUUGUAAUGCGUAUAUUAUACUAAUCGCCAAUGGAUUCUUGACGUUGCAGUUCUUACAAUAUGCUGAAAGAGAACGUCUUCUUGACACGCGAGGCUACUUUUUGCUCUUAUAUGAUAGUCGGCUUUUCAAAUCAGAUUUGCAUUACAUCUGGAACAGAAUCGUCAACGUAGUAUUUGUGCGGCGUUAUAGCACAUAUAGAUAUCGUUCGGGUGAACGAAUUCUUAUCGAGCGUAUUGACCUCACUACCGUUUAUUAUCCAUCGCGCGAAAGACACGUCACGGAAAUAAGGCACAUCGACAUGUGGUAUGACGGCAAAUUGCGUUACGGUAAUGAUCACUACAUAUCAAAAACUACGAAUCUUCACGGCAAUGACUUACGAGUCGCGGUUUUCGAGCAUAUACCAACUGUGACAGAAGCUUCACGAGAAUACUAUGAACAAAGCUCGAACGGAAACUUCAAGGCUUUGGGUGUCGAGUUCGAAUUAAUCCAAAUCAUAGCAAAAGCGAUGAAUUUCAAAGCGAAUUACUAUAUGCCGCUCAAUAUUGCAAAUGAAAAGUGGGGUAAAGCAGGCGAUAACGAUACUUACACCGGUCUUCUCGGCGAAGCGAUCAAUGGAGACGCCGAUUUCUUCCUCGGAGAUCUACAUUAUACGAUACAUCAUCUGAAUUAUCUCGACUUGUCCACAUCAUAUAACACAGAGUGUCUCACCUUUUUGACGCCAGAAGCAUUGGCCGAUAAUUCUUGGAAAUUACUGAUAUUACCCUUCAGACCGUAUGCGUGGUUAGCACUGUUUUUCACCCUGCUAUUGGGUAGCGGACUUCUCUAUCUGUUCGCAUUAUUCUACCAAAAGUAUAUAAUCUCGUAUAAAUACAUAAUCCACAUGAAGAACGAAAAAUUGAACAAAUACGACAUUUCGAAAGAUCUUUAUGAGUUCACGGACUUCCCAAGCAGUUUGUUAUAUACGUACAGUAUACUGCUUCAAGUAUCUCUACCACGUUUACCGGAUGCAUGGCCGAUGAGGAUCCUCAUCGGUUGGUGGUGGAUCUUUAGCAUUUUAGUGGCCGUUAUUUACCGCGCCAGCAUGACGGCCACCUUGGCAAAUCCUUUCGUUGUAAUGACUAUAGAUACCUUGGCACAAUUAACAAAAGCGUCAUUGCCUGUAGGAGGGUGGAGCGAGGAAAGCAAGGAUUUCUUUCUCGUCUCCACCGAUCCGAACAGCCAAGAAAUCGGUAGCAAGUUCGAGUUAACGAACAACGAACAGGAAGCUGUCGAACGGGUGGCCAAUGGAACAUUCUGUUACUAUGAGAAUUCAUAUUUAUUGCGACAUCUUCGCGCUAAACAAAUACUCGAGAAGGGUAAACAAAAGAAUAAAAGUGAAGAGAACAUCGGAUUGACUAUCAAGUAUAAUUUACACAUUAUGAAAGAAUGCGUCGUCCACAUGCCGAUUGCAUUAGGAUUAGAGAAGAAUUCUCCGCUGAAGCCACGUGUGAAUAUAUUGGUGAGACGCAUGAUGGAAAUUGGUUUAGUACAGAAAUGGUUAAACGAUGUUAUAGAGUGGUCAAAGAUUACCGAAUCGCAACAAGAAUCGGAAUCGGAAACAGCGUUGGUGGAUCUGUCUAAGUUGCAUGCCGCUUUCAUUGCUCUUAUAAUUGGUUAUUUUCUUAGUUCUAUAGUUUUGUUAUGCGAAAUACUACAUUGGAAAUACGUCGUUCUAAAAGAUCCCAUGUAUGACAAAUAUUAUUUGGAUAUAUUUUAUAAAAACAAUCAUAAAUUGAAAAGUUGAAACAAUCUUACU